AUGGUACUGCUACCUAACGGUCGUUAACUAGUAGUAUAAACUAACGGCAUCAAGAAAGGAGGGAAAACUCAAGUUACACUUGAAAUCGAAAUUUUGGAGAACCAAAAUCUAAUUUAACUUAUUAGUUUCCCGCAUUUAAACUCCACAAAAAACCCAUUCUCUCUCUUUCUUGCCCUUCACAGAAGCCCAAUCGCUUUUCUAUAGGGGCAAAUCAAGUCUGGGUUUUUACAGCGAUUUAAAGGGAUUUCUCUUAGGGUUUGCUUCAAUAAUAGAUCUUCAAUCUUUCUUUAGGAAGAAGAAGAAGAGAUUGAGGGUUAAUGUGAAUUUAGAAUAGUGAGUGAGGAUGGCAAAGGUGGCUAUGCCUGGUUCCUUGACCUCAAAUACUCAUCCUUUUGGAGUUGGAGGAGGAGAUGCUUCCAAACUUCAAGCUGGAUCUGCUCCGAUUAAAAGGAAAACACCAUCAGAACUUAGGAGCGAGCAAUUGAAGCGAAAAUGUAGUAUGGAGGUUGGAAAUGGGUCGGAUGGUCAUUUUGUUGGAACAGAGAAGAGCUCCAGUGGGACGGUUCAUGGCGUUAAGAAUUUGGAAGCACUUAGAAACACAAAAUAUGUGGAUACGCGCUUGGAUGAAGUGUACCCUGCUAGAAAAUCUAACAUCACAAGAAAGCAUACUGGAAAUGUUAAGGAUAAUUAUUCACGUGGGCAGAAUAACAAUUCGAAAAGUCCCCCAUUUAGGUCUGAUUUGGAUGAUAAGAGUCUACCUCAAGUUUCAUGUCCCAAUGAUUCAGUGGCUUCAGCGCCAACUUCCAAAGACAAUAAAAUCAAGGGCCAAAGCAGACACACAACUGAUAAAUGCAGCCAGAACACGUUCCUGAAUGUUGCUGUGCUUUCGAAGGGCAAUGAGAAUUCAUGUGGUCAACUUACUCUCGACAUGAAUUCAGUGCUAAAAGGACUAGGUCGUGAUGCUCCAACAACAUCAAAAUCUCUUUCCGAGUCUUUGGAUCAACUUAACAACAUUCAGGUUGCAAAUUCAGGAAGAUUUCGUUCGAACUUCCAGAUUUCUGGUCAUAAAACCCCUAUUGAUCUCACACUGAAAUCUAGCUUGCGCUUGGUCUCUUCGUCUUCUGUGAACUGGUGUCACAGGUUAAUUACAAAUAGUACUUUUUACGGUAUUACCCAGUUCAUGCCUCAAAUUGGAUCUUCUGGGAAUCAGAGUCAUUGCAACACAUCAGGAUCCACUACUGCGGCUGAAGUGUUGUUUUCCAAAGCCUUACAUUCUUGGGUGUUUCCUCAAUCUUCGCUUCCACCUUCUGUCAUAUCAGCCUUGAACUUGACGUCUUCACGUGGAGAACUCGAUUUCUUAUCAAAGCGACAAAUGGCUUGGGAGGAUUCUUUUCGGAGUCUCUAUUACAUGCUACGAAAGAGCUUGUGCAACAUUUUCUAUGUGUUCACUUCACAGUUUGUGGUGAUGUUCACUGCUGGCCACAUCCAAGGGAAAACAGAACGCUCCUGCAAUGCGUUUAUGUCUCGGUCCACUACAGGCUUACGGUCGUUGUUAAAAGAGCAUGAUAUCUCUUUCUCCAUGCCUCUUUGCCUUUCUGAAGUAGAGCAGGCUACAAUGGAAGAUCUUGUUGAACUCUCGGAGAUUGGAAAACAUAACGUUGGACAGACCCGCCAUCUGAACUCCAUGUCUGGCGUAGACAAUAACUCUCAAUCUCUGCUUGCAUUUUCUGAAAAGGACGUACAUGGAUUAUACGAGUUUCUGUUAAACUAUAGGUCCUUCUUGAUUUCUUUGAAUGGUGUUGAUGUUCCUGUACUUUAUUCACCAGUGCCUUUCCAAAGUGCUUCUCUUUUUGCUCCAGAGGUGAAAUGCAGGGAACUGAAGACAGUCGAUGCAGUUGUUUCCUGUCUAAGUGGAUCCUCUUUGGAAGAUGUUACCGCUGAAGGCUCAGUCGCUGGAGUCUGUUAUAGUAUUGAGAUAAAGGAUACGAUUAUUCCUCCAUGGACUAUCAGUGGGUUAUGUGCAUCUAUGGGCGCAGAUGGGAGGAGCUUUGGGGCAAGCUUUACGGAUGAACCUGCUGCAGUUGGCUUGAAUGUGGCAUUUGAUUCGGUUUCCAGUAAUUGCGACAUUGAACCAAAUGAAUCGGACCUACCUAAAAUUGAUUGUCCAUUUGGUGUUUCUGAAGCCGUAAUAGUCCCUUAUUUGCGCUCUGCUACAUUAAGUGGUCUCAAGUACUCCAAUGGAUCUUACACUGCUGCUCUCUCACCUGUAUGACUAUUCUCUUGUUAUUAUCUUGCCUUAAAAGGCAACAGAGAACGCCACAAACAUUAUGUCUUUUGGCUUCCCUUGCACUUAAUAAUUUUUCUCUGUUUUUAUAUGUAAUUUUGCAUAUUUACUUGAUCAUAUAAAAUAUUUGUACUGUACAAUUUUUCCCAUGUCCUUUUCUGCAUAAAAUUACUUCGCUGAAGGAAUUUGAUG